AUGGAGCAGCAUUUCCUCGACGCUGUGAAGGAGGCGUGGGAUUCCGCUGACGAGGAGCCAAGACCGCAGCCUCUCUCUAUCCGAAGCUCCGAGGAUUCUGGGCCGUGGCCGCUCUCCCUCUACCCCGUACUGGGCGAGUCGUCAUGUCACCGCGGUUAUUACGAUGGGAGACUGCUUUCCAGUCCUCCUUGGCUGAUGCCGUCGGUCUAUCAGCGGUUCAGACUCUUAACCGGAGCCCAGAGCACCUUGGAAGCAAGCCCUGCCCGGCCCAGUCCCGGCCUCUGGCCUCCGGCGACACAGACGACGCCAGGAACACCCGCAGGGGAGACGGAGAGCGCAGACGGAACCACGUUCCAGCACCUUCCCGAGGCCCAGACGCCCGACGCCGCAGUCAGCUCGCAGGACACCGAGACUUGUGACCGCGCGCCCGCGUCACAGCGCCGCCGACAUCCAGUCGCCGCUUGGUGGAGCCUGCGCAGUGUUUUCUCAGGCUGCCUGCAGUGGAUUCGUCGGGCUGUCUACACCUUGAUGCGGCUGCUGUGGGACAGUCCCUGGAGCUAA